CGUCUCCGUGGUGGCUUCAGUGCUUUGGGCAGAGGCGCGGACGGGCUGAGCCGCCAUGCCAGUUGCCAGGAGCUGGGUCUGCAGGAAGACCUAUGUCACCCCACGGAGGCCCUUCGAGAAGUCCCGCUUGGACCAGGAGUUGAAACUCAUCGGCGAGUACGGGCUCCGCAACAAGCGCGAGGUGUGGAGGGUCAAGUUCACCCUGGCCAAGAUCCGCAAGGCGGCCCGGGAGCUGCUGACGCUGGACGAGAAGGACCAGAGGCGGCUGUUCGAAGGAAAUGCCCUCCUGCGGCGGCUUGUGCGGAUCGGUGUGCUGGACGAGGGGAAGAUGAAGCUGGAUUACAUCCUCGGCCUGAAGAUUGAAGACUUCUUGGAGCGGCGCCUGCAGACCCAAGUGUUCAAGCUGGGCCUGGCCAAAUCCAUCCACCACGCCCGGGUGCUCAUCCGCCAGCGCCACAUCAGGGUCCGCAAGCAGGUGGUGAACAUCCCAUCGUUCAUCGUGCGCCUGGACUCCCAGAAACACAUCGACUUCUCUCUGCGCUCGCCGUAUGGCGGCGGGCGGCCCGGCCGUGUCAAGAGGAAGAAUGCCAAGAAGGGGCAGGGUGGAGCUGGGGCUGGCGACGAUGAGGAAGAGGAUUAAAAUCCUGAUCCCCACAAACACAAACAGCUGUGUUCCUACUAAAUAAAAUCUGUAUACUGCUCA